GGAGCUGGAGAGAAGCGACUAGCUCCCUCAACAGUCAACACCAUCACAAGCACUAAUAUUAGCCGAAAGAAGAAUAACCCGUUUUUGUGGUUUAUGAGAUGGUUCAAACGCGACUUAUGGGGUUAACAUCUUGGACUGCCGGUCCUAACCAGUAACCAAGUCCAUCGUUUUGUGAUUAAGACUUUGACAUUGUUGUUGUUGAGCAGGCACAAAAUCUGAAACAAAAAGAUUUCGAACCCAUUUCUAUGGGGAGGAAAACGGGUAUAGCAAACCCAAAUCAAUAUACUACUAUAUUUCUUAGUUUUUCAAACACAUCCAUCUUCAUUUCAACAUUCAUUUACCCUCUUCUUCAUUUCCUUUUACUCAUAAUUUCACAUCAAAACCCUAAAAAUCCUCCUACAAUCUAAAAUUACAUGCGGUGGUUGCAAAGACCUUGCUUCAUCUACCACACCCAGAUUUCUUUACUACAACAUUCUUUUGCUUCUCUCUCAUCAUAUUAUCAUUCUAUUCAAGAACAUCACAAUCAUAACCAUUUUCUCUCUCUUCUGAAAAAUUUCCCUUCUUCGCGCCUCGUAACGCAGCAAAUCCACUCUCAAUUAACAAUCAAUGGUUCAUUGAAUCAAUUCUCAAAUACCCAAAUCAUAAUUUUGUUCAACACCAUUUUACGACGCUAUGCAAUUGGUGAAUUUCCCCAGGAAGCUCUUUCUUUCUACAAACAAGCCCAGAAAUCAACCACAUUGUGUUCAUAUUUUGAUAGUUUUACGUACUGUUUUCUCAUCAAAGCGUGUGCAAUUUUAAACCAACGAUUUACAUGUUUUCAACUCCAUGCCCUUGUGAUGCAACUGGGAUUUCAGUCUCAUGUUUAUGUACAAACCGCAUUGCUGAAUAUGUACGUAGAUUUUGGUUUGUUGAGUGAUGCAGACAAGGUGUUCGAUGAAAUGCCUGAGAGAAAUUUGGUCACUUGGAACGUUAUGAUAACUGGGUUAGUUAAAUGGGGUAACCUUGAGGCUGCUCUUGCUUUGUUUAGGAAAAUGCCCAGGAAGAAUAUUGUUUCUUGGACUGGUAUGAUUGAUGGGUUUACGCGAAUGAAGAAUUAUCUUGGAGCUUUUUCUUUAUUUCGGGAAAUGGUGAUGGUUGGAGGAUUUAUGCCUAGUGAAGUAACACUCUUAGCUGUUUCUACUGCUAUUACUGAACUUGGGGAUCUAAAAAAUUGCCAAUCAGUCCAUGCCUUCGGCGAAAAAAGCGGUUUUACUGCAAAUGGUAGUCAGGUCACAAACUGUCUGAUUGAUACUUAUGCCAAAUGUGGGUGCAUUGGAAGUGCAUUGAAGAUCUUCGAGGAGAUGGUUGCUUGUCGAAGAAAUGUAGUGUCUUGGACUUCGAUCAUAUCUGGGUUCGCAAUGCAUGGCAUGGCAAAAGAAGCUGGAGAGUUCGUUCAAAGAAUGGAGAGUUCGGGGAUCAAACCUAACCGAGUUACUUUCUUAAGUGUUCUUAAUGCUUACAGUCACAGUGGACUGGUGGAUGAUGGGAUUCAGUUUUUCAGGAAAAUGGUCGACCACGGCCAUUUUGUACCGGAUGUGAAACAUUUUGGAUCUGUCAUUGAUAUGCUCGGCCGAGUAGGCAAGCUAAAAGAAGCAGAGAAAAUUGCUUUGGAGAUCCCUAAUAACAUAGAUAAUGUCAUAAUUUGGCGUACGCUUUUGGGUGCUUGCAACCUUCAUGAUAACGUUGAGAUGGCUGAGCGUGUAUCAAGGAAAAUACGGGCAAUGGAGAUAGAAUAUGGAGGAGACUACGUUUUGAUGUCAAACAUAUUGACAGGUCAGGGGAAGUUCAGUGAAGCUGAGAAUGUAAGGACAUUGAUGGAUGAAAGAUGUGUUCUGAAGUCGACCGGACAUAGUUUAGUAUAAUCUACAAGGAUCGAGAAUUUCAAUCUAUAACUUGAUGGUCCAGUAAUGGAAGACAAUCCUCACGCGGUUUUUCCUAGCAAUUGUAUAAUGUUUGUAUUUCUUGUAUCGGCUUUUGAACUUUCUUUGAACCAAUGAAACAACCUGAGAACAAAACAGAACAAAAAAUAACGAUUGCAAAAUGGAAAUAGUAUUUCAUUCCAAAACCAGACUUGAGAAAAACAAACAUUCAGAAUACAUUUUACAAUAUGAGUUAAUGGUACAGAACUGAGAACAAAAACCUCCUUAUUAUCCAUGGUUGUGUAUAAUCAUUUAUGUUAAUGGGAAAAAGAACCCAACGAUGUUAAAGAUUGAAUGGACUUAUCUUUCUAUAGAGUUGCCUCCUGUCACUAACAAAAGAAACAGACUAUAUCUAAUGAUAUGUACACCUGGAGAA